AUGAAGAACAAUACUAAAAAGGUACACAAAAUAGAGAGGUGCAGUUAACCCAAAAUUGAAAACAGAGGAAAACCAUCAUAAUUAAAAAAUGUAUAAUUAGAGCCUCCUGAUAUAUGGACGAACUCACCAACUUGUGUUCGUCUAGUCAAAUUCUUAUGUGACAUGGGAAGACAUAAUUAUUUACAUCAAGCAGGUAAACAUUCAAAUAGAGUUGACAACAAUAGGAGAUUAGAAAAUGAUCUAGAUACAAAGUUACGUUAUGAAUACGCCUAGGAAAUAGUAGAGAAUAUGUUUGAUAUCUAAUGUGAAUCCAAACGAUGUUUCGUCUUUUUCUUUAGGAGUGUUGAUUAAGACUAGGUGAUUUACGACUUUUAGGAAUUUUUCCAAAAUCAAGAUUUCAUAUUGCAUCUACAUUUGAUUUCGCCCCUAUUGUCCAAAAAAUUCAUUGAAGAUCUUAUUAACAUUUUGAAUUCACAAAAUAAUAUUGCCUCUGCAGUUGAUCUGCUAUUAGAAAGUAAAGAUAAUCCUUCAGAAUAUUCACAUAUAGUUUAAAAUUGUUUUAUUCAGAAACAACUUCAAACUAGGCUGGAUGAAAAAACAAAUAAACCUAAUAUUCAAACAGUAAGAAAUGAAUUUGAAGAUUUUAUAAAAGAUCCUUAAACUAACUAGUUAGUUUAUAAUUUUGUAGUUGAAAUAAUAAGGAUAUUUUUAUCUUCAAAGGCUUAUCUGCCAGAGACAGAUGAAAUUUAUGAGGUGGUUAAUGAAUUUUAGAGCAUAUAUCAAUGA